AUGUCACAAUUUUGUGUUCUUGGAUUACGAAUAUGGUCGUGUAAAUCUGGCCAUGUCAAAAUUUCUCCAACACCUAUCAAACCACUGUUUCCAAUAAAUGGAAUUGAUGAAUUUGGUAGCUCUUUUUUUGAAGAUAAUCCAAAUCUAAUAGGCCAAGUCUCUGCAUUAUUUGCAGAAAAGAAUCAAUUAAUUAGUAAAAUAUUUCCAGAUCAACCUUGUCCUUAUAACCAUGCAAAUCUUUAUCAAUGUAUUAAUCGAGAAAUAUCCUAUGAAGAAUAUAUAAUCUUUUGGCCACAUACCUUAAUAUUUGAAAUAACUCAAAGAGAUGGUCAAAAUUAUAAUUCAUCUCAUCAAUUAGACUUCCCUUUUCAGCUUUGUUAUGAAGAAAAUAACAUCCCUAUAGAAUAUAUAUUGACAGCACGUGUAUAUAGCACAUCAUCAAGUGGACAGCAUUUCUACAGUAAAGAUAAAGGUCAUCAAUAUUACAAUACUAACAAUGAAGGUGAAGAUGAUGAAAUAAUUCAAAAGGAACCUAAAAUUGACACCUCUAUAGUUCAUUGUAGUACAGCAAGACAUCCAAAUGAAACAUUUUUUUAUAGUGAGAGGUUUUGGUCUCCAAGAGGACAACCAGGUAAAACUUCGUUAUCUUCAUCGCCUUCAACAGCAAUUGUAUCAACAACAAAUACAACUAUGGCAUUUAAUGAGAAUAAUAUUUUAUGUGGACAAACCAAUAAUCAUAAUAAUACCUGUUAUUUAUGGAGGUUAAAAAUGUUUCCUAAUGGGGUAGAUAAAAAGUCUAAUGAUCAUUUGUCGCUUUAUCUUGAAGCUAUUCAUACACAAUAUGAGAAGGUAAAUGGUAUAGGAUGUAGACAAAAAAAAUUCAGAUUGUCACUUUUUCGCAUUGAUCCCAAUAACAAUAAUAAUCCACAACAAUCGCAGCAGCAACAACAGUUGUCAUUGCAACAAUUUCAUCGACAUACAUUAGAAACAAAGUUUGAAUUUAAUGGUUCGAAUUCAGAUUAUGGAUUUGCAAGAAUUAUUGCAUUAAAAGAUUUGUUCCCAAUUACAAAUGAAAAUUUAUAUCCGGAAAUGGAUUUACUAGUCAGGGUGCAAAUAUUCAAUGAUCUUCCAACUGGUGAGGGAACAAGUUCGAUUGCGAACAUAUUUGAUCUUUCACUGGGACCAUUUGAAAAGUAUUUUGAAGUGGAAAAAUUUUAUGAUAUAGAGUUUGUGUUUGAUUGUGGAUCAGUGAUGAAGGCACAUCGUGUGAUAUUGGCUGCGAGAUCAGCGUAUUUUGAGAAUUUAUUGGGAGGAGAAUGGAAGGAAGGUCACAUGAAAACGAUUGCUAUUAGAGAUAUGCCGUAUAAAACGUUCAGGUCGAUAGUUCAUCAUCUUUACACAAAUAAACUUGAGGAUGACUUAACGUUUGAGCUGCUGAGAGAAAUUUUUUCUAAAGCAGACAUGUUGGGCAUUCCACAGCUUGAAACGAUGGCAGCAGAAAGAAUGGUUAGAUUGAUAAAUAGUGAGAAUUGGGAUCAGAUAUUAAUGUUAGGAUGGGAGUUUCAAGAUAACAGGUUACGAACAGCAGGCUUAGAAUUUGCAAUAGAUAAUUGGACAAAGAUACGAGACACAGAAAAUAUGAAACAAGUGAUGGAGUGUGGUAAUAUGGAUUGGAUCGAAGAAUUAAUUCUUGGAAAAUUCCUUGCUACAAGAAAUGGUAAGUAA